UAGUUUAGAUCUUCUCCAAUGUCGUCGCCAAUUCGAGCUCCGGCCAUCUCCGCUUGCCGAAGUCUCCAACCAAUUGCAAAACCCACCGCAAACUCUUCUCCUGCACAUGGCCUUUCCGCAUUUUGCGGGGCGGGGGUGUUUUGCAUUUAACUCAUUUGAUAUAAUAUAGGCUACUAGAUAGUAAUUUAACUAUUCUUUGACCGUGGUUUAAUGUUUUAACAAUUAAUAAAUACAACACAACCCCCUGCAUUUUAGUACCACUUGUUUGUUAUACUAAAAUAUUCCCAUACUCAUUCUAAAAGAAAAUUUAAAAGAAAAAAAAAAAAAGAAUAUUUCCAUGAUCUAGUAGUAAAAGGAAUUGCAAAUGGAAGCUUAGCAUCAUUGACAUUGACAUUGACAAAGCUCAAAGCUGUCAUUCUAAAUGUAUCAGAUACAUUCUCACAACCUCUUUCACACAAUUCAUUGAGAAAAUAUGCGAUGAAGUCUCCAUCUCUGUAUAUCAUCUUCGCCGUAGCUUUCUUCGUCUUCUUCAUCGAUCUUACCUGCGUCGAAUCCCAGUCGUUGGAUUAUCCAACGGCAAACCUCUCCACUACUUGGAUCAACAGUGUCUCCGCAAGUCACUCGGUCAGCUUCUCAGACAACUCAACCAUCAGAGCAAUCCUUCUCCGAGGAACUUUCGGCCCCAGAUACGCCUGCGGAUUCUUCUGCAACGGCACGUGCGACACUUACCUCUUCGCCGUAUUCAUCGUCCAAACCAACAGCGGCGGUGGCAUCACUAUGCCGUCGAUAGGGUUCCCGCAGGUCGUCUGGUCGGCCAACCGGAACAAUCCGGUCAAAAUCAAUGCAACCCUGGAGCUCACGGCCGACGGCAACUUGGUCCUGAGAGAUGCAGAUGGCACAUUGGCGUGGUCGACCAACACCGGUAAAAUGUCCGUGCGCGGCUUAAACAUGACGGAAUCCGGAAACCUAGUUCUCUUCGAUUCGAAAAACUCCGUUGUCUGGCAAUCAUUUGAUCACCCAACCGAUGUACUUGUCCCAGGUCAGAUCUUAGUAUCCGGUAAGAAUCUGACCGCGAGUUCUUCGCCUACGAAUUGGACAGACGCCGGCCUUUUUUCGCUGUCAAUGACUACCACAGGCUUAGUUGCUUCUAUCCAAUCAAACCCUCCGCAGGUAUACUACGAAAAUUCGUUAAGUGGCACCAAACAGAAUACAGAAUUAAGUUAUGCUAAGUUUCGAAAUGGGAGUUUAGAUUUAUAUUUAAAUUCUGUCGAACCAACCGAUCCCGAUUUAUCGAUACCGAUUCCCGAUGCUAAGUCGGCUCAAUUUAUUAAAUUCGGGUCCGACGGGCAUCUGAGGGUGGUUGAGUGGGGACAACCAUGGAAGGAAGUAGCUGAUCUUCUUACAGGCUUUCUCGGUGUGUGUAACUAUCCUAUGGUUUGCGGUACGUACGGAGUUUGCUCGAACGGGCAAUGUAGCUGCCCGAGAUCGGGUACUAACGAAGUCUACUUUUCGCCGAGAAACAGUAGGCGCCCUGAUCUCGGUUGUCUCGAAGUGAAACCACUCGGUACUAGUUGUAAUAAUGUUUCGGAAAAUCACGGGUUUGUGGAUUUGGAAGAUGUGAACUACUUUGAGUUUGUGACGGAUAUUAGUAACACUAAUAUGGAUACAUGUAAAGAGGCUUGCUUGAAGAAUUGUUCUUGCAGAGCUGCUAUCUUUCGAUAUGGUUCUAAUCCUUCUGGCGGGGACUGCUAUUUGCCGUCACGCGUCUUUUCCUUGAUGAAUAACAAUCGAGCGCUAACAAAUUUAAAUUCUUCGGUUUCUUUGAAAGUGCAGAUUAAUGCUCCUCCUGCUGUGAGUGCUCCCCCUACUGUGAGUACUCCCCCUGCAGUAGGUACAGUACCCCCUACUACAGAUUCCAAGGGAAAUAAAAAAAGCUCUGUUGGAGCUAUACUUGGAUCAAUUGUUGGAGUUCUUUUUAUAUCGGUUGUUAUCGGAAGUGCUUUUUUCGUUUACCGAAAAAGGAGAAAACCCGAUGAAGUUGAGGAGGAUUAUUUAGAUCAUGUACCCGGGAUGCCGACGAGAUUUUCUUACGAACAGUUGGAAGCUGCAACGGAGAACUUCAACAAGAAACUCGGUGAGGGAGGAUUCGGUUCGGUUUUCCAAGGGUUGUUGAAAGACGGUACGAAAAUCGCGGUGAAAACGCUCGACGGAGUUGGACACAUCAAGAAGUCGUUUCUAGCAGAGGUCGAGAGUAUAGGGAGCAUUCACCACGUCAACUUGGUGAGACUCAUCGGAUUUUGUGCCGAUAAAUCUCACAGGCUUCUCGUUUACGAGUACGUGGUUAACGGGUCAUUGGAAAAAUGGAUAUAUACAGGAAGACAAGAGAAGUGCCUCGACUGGAAAACGAGGAGAAAAAUCGUUCUUGAUAUAGCCAAGGGAUUAGCCUAUUUACACGAAGAUUGCAGGCAAAAGAUCAUCCACUUAGACAUAAAGCCUCAAAAUAUACUUUUAGACGAAAAUUUCAAUGCCAAGCUGGCAGAUUUCGGGCUUUCGAAGCUAAUCGAUAGGGACCAAAGUCAAGUUAUGACAACCAUGAGAGGCACUCCGGGCUAUCUUGCACCGGAGUGGCUGAGCGCGGUUAUUACAGAGAAAGUGGAUGUUUACAGCUUCGGGGUUGUGGUUUUGGAGAUUGCGUGUGGUAGGAAAAUAUUCGAGCAAUCUAAGCCCGAGGAAGAAAGGCAUUUAUUGAGUGCUUUCAAGAAAAAAGCAGAGGAAGGGCAGUGGCUUGAUCUUGUGGAGAAUUUCCAUUGUGAGGAUGUGCAGUCGAACGUGGAAGAAUUGGUUGAGAUGAUGAAAAUCGGGGCUUGGUGUGUACAAAACGAUUACACGAAAAGGCCAGCUAUGUCGAUGGUGAUGAAGGUUCUGGAAGGUGGUAAAGAUGUUGAUAAAGAUAUUGACUAUAGUAACUUCUUAACUCCACCGCGGUAUGUAAUGAACGAUAUAUCGGGAAUCGACUCUGAAGAUGCAACUCGUUUGCUUCCUUCGGUUCUAUCGGGGCCAAGAUGAAGUUUGGUGUUUUCGGGGAGUAUGUUAUUCUUUGAUUUCGUGUUUGAUAAUGUGAGACUUGUUUUUUCUCAUUUGAUUCGUUUGUUUGAGUGUGAGGAGUUCAAUGAUUUCGGGCCAUUUGACUUUCCCUUUUUUACGUGUGGUGUGAAGUACAACAAAAUUUGAUCCGAUAUUGUUUGGAUUUCUUGUGGAUGUUGGAUGACAUAAAUCCUCAACAUUUUGUAAUUAUUUGAUUUUAUUUUACAUCUUUCCACAGUAUGAACAA